ACCUCUGCAUUUCUACGCAUGCGUUGUGGGACAGGCGCAGGCCCAGUGGCCGAGCCUCCGGAGAAACGCCCCGCCCCUCCCGGCCCAGCCCGGCCCCGCCCCGCCUUCUGCUGGGCGGCUUCCACUGCCUCUGGAAAACUGGAAAAUGAGCUGAACCUCCGCAGCUGUUACUGUCUCCAGCGCUAAUCACAGGUGAUUUGGGUCUGGCCAGAAGUCCCCUUCCCUGCGCCCACUUCCAGCUCAUUCCCUGGCCCGCUCCUCCGGUUCGCCCAGCAGCGACCUGGCUCUGCAAGUAAGCGGCCAGAGCGGCCGAGAAGUUAUUCUAAAAUUGGACAGCUGAAAUAUAUGAAUAAUUUCCAGACCUGUCUCCCUAGAGAUAUAACAUUUUCAGGGGAUUAGAGUUUUGAGGGUGUGGUGUCAACCUGAAGAACAUUUUACUUUAAAAGGAAAGAUGCUGUCUCCAAAUGAUAAAAAGUUAGAAAAGCUGGAUCUGUUUUAUCGACCUUCAGUGGCCAAGCCGAAGACCAGUGCAGAAAUCAUAAGUGAAGCACGAAAUGCAUUGAGGACAAUUAGGACCCAAAGACCAUUCACACCACGGGAAGACCAAAGAAAACUAUUCGGACCUGCAUCUUCAAGGACUCCAGAAAAUAGACCCCCUUCCUCCUUCAGCCUCCAUGCGUCCAGUUUUGAACCAUCUGAUCCCAGGCCCAUCUCUAGAGCACGUCUCAGCCCACUAGAUCUUAAAACAAAAGCUCUGGCAUCUCCCACCACAAAGAAAGAUCCCUGUCUUCCGUUUCCUAAGCCCCCAGUGGACCCUGUGAAAAUUAGAAGAGUAAGCAGUGCCCGGGCACGUUUCUUCAGGGCGGCCUCCCAAGGGACUCAUCUGCCUGACAGGAUGCUUCCUCCCACUGAGCGAAAGAAGACAGUGGAAUCCAUAGAAAGAGUUAUGAUGGGGACCUCCAUGGUGAAAAUCAGUGGGACUCAUUUAACAGAAUCAAAUGCCAUUGGCCGUUUAAAGAAUCAUCCACUUCAGCUAACUUAUGAUGGAGGCUUCAGUGAAAUCAAGGAGCAAGAAAUGUUCAAAGAAGCAACAUCCUUGCCAUCUUACCUCAGAAGUAGAGGGGACCAGGGGAAGAGGAGUUCAAGGGCCUCAUCGUGCCCUAACAGCUCCGACCUGAGCAGGAUGGAAACCAAAGCAGUUUCAAAAGAUGACUUGCAAGAUACGAAUACAGAAACUGAAGUUGGUGACAUCUUUUGGAAUACAAGGAUUGUACCAAUUUUGCAUGAAUUAGAAAAAGAAGAAAAUAUUGAAAUGGUUUGUGCUGCUUGCACACAACUUCAUCACGCUUUAGAGGAAGGAAACAUGCUUGGAAAUAAAUUUAAGAGAAGAAAUAUUCUCCUGAAGACCCUAUAUAAACUAGUUGAUGUUGGUUCAGACCCGCUCAGCCUUAAACUUGCAAAAAUUAUUCUAGCACUUAAAGUAAGUAGAAAGAAUCUUCUUAAUGUCUGCAAACUUAUAUUUAAAAUUAGCAGGAAUGAGAAGAAUGAUUCUCUGAUUCAAAAUGACAGCAUUCUGGAAUCAUUAUUGGAGGUCCUGAGAAGUGAAGACCUGCAAACUAACACCGAAGCUUUUUUAUACUGUGUGGGGGCUAUCAAAUUCCUUUCUGGGAAUCCAGGAUUUCUUAAUGAAAUGAUCAGCAAAGAUGCUGUGGAAAUAUUGAUGAAUUUGAUAAAGCAAAUAAAUGAGAACACCAAGAAAUGUGGUACAUGUUUCCCUAAUUCAGGCCACUUGUUAGUCCAAGUGACUGCUACAUUGAGAAACUUGGUUGAUUCACCACUAGCAAGAAGAAAGUUGCUGAGCAUCAGUGCCCUUCCCCAGCUCUGCACAGUGAUGGGACAGUACUUGGAUGACACUGAUGUCUGCACCAACAUUGCCAGAAUGUUCAGCAAACUUACUUCUUACCAUGACUGCUGUGUUGCCUUGGCCAGCUAUUCCAGAUGUUAUGCCUUAUUUUUGAAUCUGAUAAACAAAUACCAGAAGAAGCAGGAUUUAGUCGUUCGUAUUGUUUUUAUUCUUGGCAACCUCACAGCAAAAAACAACCAGGCUCGUGAACAGUUUUUCAAGGAGAAAGGGAGCAUCCCGACUCUGUUGGCAUUAUUCCGCACAUUCUACAAACUGGAUCUGCAUCCCGAGAGGCGAGAGGGGGAAGGAGGGGAGCAGCCCAAGGCACCGACGCCGCCGGCCCAGGUGGAGGACGUGCUCAUCAAGCUGACCCGUGUGCUCGCCAACUUGGCCAUCCACCCAGGCGUCGGGCAGGCCAUGGCCGCCAACCCGCAUGUAGUGGGCCUGCUCCUCACCACGCUGGAAUACAAGUCCGUUGAUGAUUGUGAGGAGCUGGUGAUCAAUACUACAGCAACAGUCAACAACUUAUCUUACUACCAAGUGAAGGACUCCGUAAUUCAGGACAAAAGGCUACAUAUUGCUGAAUUGCUCUUAAAGCUUCUCGUGAGUAACAACAUGGAUGGAAUCCUGGAGGCUGUGCGUGUUUUUGGAAAUCUCUCGCAGGACCGUGACGUCUGCGAUUUCAUUGUGCAGAAGAACAUACAUAAGUUCAUGAUUGCAUUGCUGGAUGCUAAGCAUCAGGAUAUUUGCUUUUCUGCCUGUGGUGUUCUCCUAAAUCUCACUGUGGAUAAAGACAAGCGUGCCAUCCUAAAAGAAGGAGGUGGCAUUAAAAAGUUAGUGGACUGUUUAAAAGAUUUUGGUCCUACUGAUUGGCAGCUGGCCUGCUUAGUUUGCAAAACUUUAUGGAACUUCAGUGAAAAUAUCACUAAUGCUUCAUCAUGUUUUGGAGAUGAAGAUACCAACACACUCUUGGUCCUGCUGCCAUCAUUUUUAGAUGAAGAACUAGCACUGGAUGGCAGUUUUGACCAAGACCUAAAAAACUAUCACAAACUCCACUGGGAAACAGAAUUCAAACCUGUGGCACAGCAGCUUCUAAACCGAAUUCAGAGUCAUCACACCUUCCUGGAACCCCUGCCUAUUCCCGCUUUCUGACAUGAUGCAGAUUAACACCAGAGACAGGAGGUCAGGUCUCCUUCAUUCUUAAGAAGUGGUAACAAACAUGAACAUUUUUUUCAGUGUUAACAAAUAUUGAAAGUUUUUCAGGUACUGGUGUUAGUGAGUAGUCAAAGUAUUUUAAAAGAAACAAGCAUUUCUUUUUAUUAGGUAUUAUGGGAAAAUGAAUAUUCAUGUACUUUAUGCUAUAAGAAAUCUAAGAUAAAAAUAUAUGCAUGUUUUUUCCUAAGUAAAUGACUUUUUCUUCUAUUCUUUAUUCAGUAAUUUAGUUCUAGUCUUAAUACCCUGAUUUAACAAUUCUGGAAUUUAAGGGCUUAUCAGUUCUGUAGUUAAACGAACUAUGCAAUGAAGACUAGUAUUAGAGUCUGUAUAUUGAAAGAAUGGUGGUCAGCACUAUUAGGAGGCAUCACUACAUAAGCAUCUGUAGUAAUUCUUUUCUCUAAUAAUAAUUUUCUAGUUAGG